ACCCUGAACUGCGUGAACCCCGAAAAUGAGAACGCCCCUGAGGUGCCGGUGAAGGGGCUGAACUGUGACACGGUGACGCAGGUCAAGGAGAAGUUGCUGGACGCCGUGUACAAGGGCGUCCCCUACUCCCAACGGCCCAAGGCUGGGGACAUGGACCUGGAGUGGCGGCAGGGCCGCAUGGCCCGUAUCAUCCUGCAGGACGAGGACGUCACCACCAAGAUCGACAACGACUGGAAGAGGCUCAACACGCUGGCGCACUAUCAGGUGACAGAUGGGUCCUCAGUGGCCCUGGUGCCCAAGCAGACGUCCGCCUACAACAUCUCCAACUCGUCCACCUUCACCAAGUCUCUCAGCAGAUACGAGAGCAUGCUGCGCACGGCCAGCAGCCCCGACAGCCUGCGAUCGCGCACGCCCAUGAUCACGCCCGACCUGGAGAGCGGCACGAAGCUGUGGCAUCUGGUCAAGAACCACGACCACCUGGAUCAGCGCGAGGGCGACCGCGGCAGCAAGAUGGUCUCGGAGAUCUACCUGACGCGGCUGCUGGCCACUAAGGGCACGCUGCAGAAGUUCGUGGACGACCUAUUCGAGACCAUCUUCAGCACGGCACACCGUGGCUCGGCCCUGCCGCUGGCCAUCAAGUACAUGUUCGACUUUCUGGACGAGCAGGCCGACCAGCACCAGAUCCACGACGCGGACGUGCGCCACACCUGGAAGAGCAACUGCCUGCCCCUGCGCUUCUGGGUGAACGUGAUCAAGAACCCGCAGUUCGUGUUCGACAUCCACAAGAGCAGCAUCACGGACGCCUGCCUGUCGGUGGUGGCCCAGACCUUCAUGGACUCCUGCUCCACGUCGGAGCACAAGCUGGGCAAGGACUCGCCCUCCAACAAGCUGCUCUACGCCAAGGACAUCCCCAACUACAAGAGCUGGGUGGAGAGGUACUACGCCGACAUUGCUAAGAUGCCCGCCAUCAGCGACCAGGAUAUGAGCGCCUACCUGGCCGAGCAGUCGCGGCUGCACCUGAGCCAGUUCAACAGCAUGAGCGCCUUGCAUGAGAUCUACUCCUACAUCACCAAGUACAAGGACGAGAUCCUGACGGCCCUGGAGAAGGAUGAGCAGGCACGGCGGCAGCGGCUCCGUGGCAGGCUGGAGCAGGUGGUGGACACCAUGGCCCUGAGCAGCUGAGCCACCAGCCCAACCGCCCGGCCAGCAGCAGUGAGUGAGAGGGCCCUGGCGGCGGCCUCCGCCCGGCGGCCAGAGCUGGGAGGUCCACGGAGGCAGCCUCGCCCGCCAUGCCAGGGUCCUGCUCUGGGGCCAGGUGUGCGGCCCCGGCCCCCGGCCCCUGCGUCCCCUUCCCGCCUGUGGGGUCCCGGCUCUUCCUUGGUGUGGGUGAGGCGGUGUCUGCAGCCCUCCCUGCGCCCAGAGCUGUUUGCAGGGGGCCGGGGAGCCCAGGUGUGACCCGGCCCCCUCAGGACAGCAGGGGCACUGCCAGAGCUCUCCAGGAAGGAGAGGCGAGGCUGCGGAGGCCAGCGGGCCAGGCGGGCCGGUGUGCCCGCCUCCUGGGCAGAAUCUGAAGGCUAGACCUGGCUGGCAGCCUGGGCGGGGAGGCGGCACGCCCAGGGCCCCGCCGCAGGGCGCUGAAGUCGGCCUGGGCCAGCGCCACCCACCUGCCACGUCCUGGCGUCCCUACGCCCGCCGCCAUCCUCCGAUUCACCGCGUGCUCUCCGCGGUCGAGGCCGGAGCACCGCGUCGACCUCGCCCAGAGAGAGGCCCCCGGCUCCCUCCUAUGGAGGGGCUGCAGGAUGGCUCCACGCGGGGCCAGGUGACUUCCGGAAGGACUCGGGUCCCCUUUUGUCCUCAGGGCUGUGCCUCUGGGAGCCACUGGGCCUGGGGCUCUGGGCUGUGAGUGCACGUUCCCCUUAUUUAUUCCCCCUCCCCACCGAAACCCGCCCUGCCCCAGGCUGAGCUCUGCUGUGGAGGGCCCAGGAGCCUGCCUCAUCAGCCUCCUGCCCAUCCCCCAGCCUCCCGCCCACCUUCCUGCGGCUUCAGUCUGGCCCCUCAGCAGCGUGCUGGCCCCUUGGAGAGGGGGACGCCUGGGGGACGUUGCUCGUUUUUUAGGGGAACAGGGAGUCCUUCUGUGCUUGGACAGUUGGAGCUGUGGGGGCCUCGGACCCUACACAGUGGCCUGGCCGGGAGCAGGACGCAGUGACCAGAGGGCUUGGAGGUCGGGGCUGCCCACCCUGCCCUCAGCUAGCAAGAGUACACAUUUUUAAUUAAAAAAACUGUACAUAUAUAUACAUAUAUAUAUAUAUGUGGCUCUGCCUGUCUCCAGCCCCAGUGGGGUCCUGUACAGUUAACUGGAGGAGGAGGAAUUUUACAGUUUAGAGUAAGAGCCGAGGCACCGGGACAGCCAAACCAAACGGGCGUGGCCAGCGUCCCCUGCUGGAGUGCCCGACCUCCGCGUCCACUGCAGGGCAGCCUGCCUCGGCAUCGACGCGAGGACAGACUGCCCGGCCGAGAGCUUCCCGGAGGCGGCCGUGGAUCCCUGCAUGACUGUGCUAGCGUUUAGUAUGACUUGACCUUUUUAAAACUGCAAGUGUUGAAUACUAGAGGUUGUUAGGCCCCUUUUUUUCAUGUUUUUUAAUUAAUCAGUCACUUGUGAAGGCAGUGGCCCGUCCCCUUUUCAAUUCACUUUUUCGACGGUACUACAGAUCCCCGCGGACUUUUAAGGGACAGCUAACUGUGGCCAGCCCCGCGCCUUCCCUGACGCGGCGUGAGCCCCCUGAGAGCCUCCAUCAGCUGAGCAGCUGCUCCCCCGCGGGAGGAGGGGUGAAGUCCACCACCUCCUGACUCAGGAAGCUCCUGGAACUGGGGGUCAGAGGCCCCCAGGCCCCACGGGCGCUGAGUAGGGCUCGGGCCCCCACGCGGUGGGUGUCCAGCAGGAGCUCAGGCCAGGCAGGCGCCGGGUUCCUGUGUGUGGGCCUCUCCCCCGAGUCUUCCCUGAAGCUGCUUCUGAUCGAAGCCCCCGUUCUUCCAGCCCCACUCCGGCCAGCGGGCUCCUUGGCCCCCGGCAUCACCCUCUUCGGAAUCCAGUCCCCACCCCCUUCCUGGGCCUCCCUGGUCCUCGCGCCCGUCCCGCGGUCGGGUCGGCAGGUUGGGCGGUGGGGACGCAGAAGCGCGGAGCCGCCUGUCCUGCCCAGCGCGUGGCCUCGCAGAGCACAGAGGCGGGUUGGGGCGAGCACUUUAGCGCUGCUUGUUUACACACGAGCCAAUCACGGACCUGAGCCUGCCGUCCACCGGCAGCACGGCCGCACCUCCUUCCCGGGGCAGGAGUCAGGCCGAAUCCUCGUCACUCAGCCCCCGGCCUGUCUCGCCCUUCGCACCUCUGUAUCCUCCUGCCUGGCACUCCGACCCCGAGCCCAGCUCUGGCCAGAGGGCGGCUGGAGCACGGAGUGGAGCCCUGCUCUGCAGUCUUGGGGCCGGGAGGCGGGGCCAGACUGCCCACCUGCCCGGACUCUGCUGCUACUGCCUGCUGCCCUGGGCUGCCUCCCUCGCUCUCGCCCGCACGCCUCUCAGGAGCGCCAGGGAUGGCUCGGCCACGGUCGGGAGCCUGGCCUCUCCAUAUACCUCGAGCUUGCCCACACUCCUUGACCCGGGCCCAGCCCCGUCCCACAGGAGAGGCCCCCCUCCCCCUGCUUUGCCCUUGCUGAGCGAGCCCUGCCCGGCUCUCCCCCCAGUGCUGGAGCUGAGGGCUCACGCCGUUGGUGCUACACAAGCUAGAAUAGAUAUAUUUAGAGAGAGAGAUAUUUUUAAGACGAAGCCCACAAUUAGCUGUCCUUUAACGCCGCAGAGCCCCCACCCAAAAGAAGAGCAAUCGCUCGGCGGCCUGAGCGGCCCCUCGGCCACUGCCUCUCCCGGGGCGGCGUGGCUGACGGCGCCAGGCUUGCAGGUUGUGUAAAUACACGGCUAUUUCCUAUUUUACUGUCUCAGAUUUAGUACUUGUAAAUACACACACAUUAAGGAGAGUAAACAUUUUUGCUAAAA